AUUAUUAAACGCGUCGAAAGUUAUUUCCUCACAAGAAUUUCGAUUAUAUUGAAAAAUCUCUUAUUUUCACGAGCUAGUUACACAUAAAUGCAGACGUUUUACUGUUAAAAUAUAAUUACUUGAUGUCUUUUAUAAAUAAAACGCGCGAGUAAAAAUAAUAUGAGUCAUAAUUCAGCGUCUCGAAACUUCCGAACGUUCUUGACUCCCGGAGUUGCAGACGUUGCAGUUUGCAGUUGCGUCUUUAGUCGAGUCGAGGUACGGUCAUUUAAUAUGAUUAACCCAUUGUUCGAGAGCAGGCAAGCAACCCAAGCGAAAGGACUCGCGGGUCGCGGCGAGUGAGGCGAGUCGGUGACGUACCUACGAAUGCUACGAAGGUCGUGCAUAGUUCGAACUUGCGAGAUUGAAGAUUUUCGUGACGGUGAUCGCAACGAGGAAGGAAAGAUGGAACAGCUCUCGGGGAAGAAAAGGCGUCUCACUAAUCCGGACAAUCCCGUGGUUUUUCUGGACAUCGUGAUCAACUCCGAGAAAGUGGGAAGAAUCGUUAUAGAAUUGUUCAAGAACAUUGUGCCGCGAACCGCGGAGAAUUUCCGCGCGUUGUGCACCGGCGAGAUGGGCGCCGGGACGAAGGCCGCGAAGUUACACUACAAGGGAACCAUUUUUCACAAAGUCGUUUCCCAGUUCAAGAUCCAGGGUGGUGAUAUUGUCAAUUUUGACGGCACUAGCGUAGGAGAGAGUAUUUACGGUCCUUACUUCGAUGACGAGAACUUCACGUUGUCGCACGACGACUCUGGGCUGCUUAGCAUGGUGAACGAGGGAACGCCAAACACCAACGGUUCUCAGUUUAUCAUCACCGUUCAACAGUCCAAGCAUUUGGAUAACACGAACGUUGUAUUUGGAAAGGUCGUGAAAGGAAUGGGCGUGGUAUUAGAGAUCAAUAAAGUGCAGACGAAUGAGGAUACUCCAGUUGAUGUAAUCGUUAUAUCUAAUUGUGGAGAAUUGAGAAACGAUGAGAGUUGGGGAUUGGAGGAGAACGACGGAUCUGAGGAUGUUUUUCCACCGUAUCCGGAAGAUUGGGAUUUUCCGUCACAUGCCUUCAGGCUCACUCACCAAUUCAUGGAGGCGGUAAUACAAAAGAUAAAAAAUUCUGGAAAUGCUUAUUUCACACAGCAGAAAUUUGUGGACGCUGGUAGAAAGUAUAAGAAAGCAUUACGAUAUUAUCUCUGGAUGAGCAAACACCAAAACAUGGCAGAUACAUUUUAUGCCUCACUGGCGGAUCUUAGAUUAACUUUGUUACUUAAUUUAGCUGCUGUAUAUUUAAAGCAGGAAGAGUAUCGUAAAGCCAUAGAUCUAUGUAAUGAGGUUCUGGAAACGGAUAAUAUGAAUAGUAAAGCGCUAUUUCGAAGAGGACAAGCUUAUACUUCCUUGAAAGAAUAUAAAUUAGGAUUAGAUGAUCUCCAUCAGGUGUUUAAAAUGUGUCCCGACAGGGUUAUCGAACUGCAAAUAGACAAAAUGAUAAAAUUAUGUAAACUUUAUAACGAUGAUAUAAGUAAUGUAAAUUAAAUUGAAUCAAUUUACCGUUUUAUGGAACUCCAAUGGCUAAUGAGAUUGAUCAGAAAAUUCCGAAUCGUUCUUCUUAUUAAUGCAGGAAUCACGUGGAAAAGAAACAAAUUUUUAAACAAAUUAUUUCAUGUUUUUAUUUCUAAAUAAAUCAAUAUGUUCAAUUUAAAUAAAUUCUAAAAUUAAUAUUCAGAUGUGUUAUAUAACAGUGCAUAAUAUGUCAUAGUACUUAAAUAUACAAACAGAAUCAAUUAUCUGUAAUUUUUAUGUUUUUUUAAAUAUGUUUUUAUUAAAAACGCAAUAAAAAUGGCCAAAAAAAUUAUGA